AUGAAGCACCUGUCGCACGUUCACCUCUUUCUCUUCAUCCUCCUCUGCCUGUUAGGAGCCGUCACAUCGCAGGUCAACCCAGGUGUGUGUCGGUACGCUCUGGGCAUGUCAAGCGGGCAGAUACCAGAUGAGGACAUCUCUGCAUCGAGCCAGUGGUCUGAAUCCACAGCUGCCAGAUACAGCAGACUGGACUAUGAGGAGGGUGACGGUGCCUGGUGUCCAGAAAUAACAGUGGAACCAGACCAGCUGAAGGAGUUCCUCCAGAUUGACCUGCGCUCACUCCACUUCAUCACCCUUGUGGGCACCCAGGGUCGUCACGCCGGGGGAAUGGGCAACGAGUUUGCCCAGACGUACAAGCUCAAGUACAGCCGUGAUGGCAGUCGCUGGAUUUCCUGGAGAAACAGGCAGGGAAGACAGGUGAUUGAAGGGAACAGGAACACCUAUGACAUUGCUCUCAGGGACUUGCAGCCGCCCAUCAUCGCUCGCUUGGUUCGCUUUAUGCCGGUGAUAGACCACUCCAUGAAUGUCUGCAUGAGAGUGGAGCUUUAUGGCUGCGAAUGGCUGGACGGUCUUGUUUCAUACAACGUUCCUGUCGGACAACAAAUGAACCUGCCUGCUUAUCCCGUUUAUCUCAACGACUCUGUCUAUGAUGGAGCUAUUAUCCACAGUAUGACAGAAGGUUUGGGCCAGCUGACUGAUGGGGUGUGUGGUGAAGAUGACUUCACUCUAAGUCACAUCCACAAUGGGUGGCCAGGGUACGACUACGUGGGCUGGAACAACGAGAGCUUCCCCGAUGGAUUUGUUGAAAUCAUGUUUGAGUUUGACCGUAUACGAAACUUUACCUCCAUGAAGGUUCACUGCAACAACAUGUACUCCCGCCAUGUCAAGGCCUUCAGACAAGUGGUUUGUUACUUCCGCUCCGAUUCAGACUGGGAAACCACACCACUCUCUUUCAGACCCGUGGGAGACGAGAGGAACCCAAGCGCUCGAUUUGUCUCCAUCAACCUGGCCAAUCACAUGGCCAGUGCCAUCAAGUGCCAGUUCUACUUUGCUGAUGCGUGGAUGCUGUUCAGUGAGAUCACCUUCCAGUCAGACACGGCCAUGUACAACACAACGCUGGUUCCACCCUGGACUGCAAUUCCAGCAAACACAGGCGUCUCUCCACAUCCCUUCCCAGAAGACGACCCCACACAUAAGCUGGAUGACAGCAACACUCGGAUUCUGAUUGGCUGCUUAGUGGCCAUCAUCUUCAUCCUUGUGGCCAUUAUUGUCAUCAUCCUGUGGAGGCAGGUGUGGCAAAAGAUGAUGGAGAAGGCUUCUCGUAGGAUGCUAGAUGAUGAACUAACUGCUAGCUUAUCAAUACAGAGUGAGACUUUUGUGCUUAAUCCCAACCGGUCGGAUACAGCCAACGACCAGGAGUCUAAUUCUGCAUAUGAGCGCAUCUUCCCACUUGGUCCAGACUACCAGGAGCCAUCACGCCUCAUAUGUAAGCUCCCAGAGUUCGCACAGAGCUUAGAAGAACCCGCUUCAACCAGCACAGGAGCAUCCAAAUCCAACCCUACAGGUGCAGCCCAAGAUGGCGCCCCUCACUAUGCAGAGGCAGACAUCGUCAACUUGCAGGGUGUCACUGGAAGCAACACGUAUGUGAUCCCUGCUGUGACUAUGGACCUGCUGUCUGGGAAGGAUGUUGCUGUGGAGGAGUUCCCCAGAAAGCUGCUCAUAUUUAAAGAGAAGCUGGGAGAGGGCCAGUUUGGAGAGGUACACCUGUGUGAAGCAGAGGGAAUGCAGGAAUUUAUGAACGAAGAGUAUUCAUUUGACGUCCCCAAGGACCAGCCGGUCUUAGUGGCUGUGAAGAUGCUCCGUUCAGACGCCAGCAAGAACGCAAGGAAUGACUUCCUUAAAGAGAUAAAGAUAAUGUCACGUUUAAAGGACCCCAAUAUCAUUCGUCUGCUGGCCGUGUGCAUCUACAGCGACCCCCUCUGUAUGAUUACAGAGUACAUGGAAAAUGGAGAUCUCAACCAGUUUCUGUCCCGUCAUGAACCAGAAGGACAGCUUGCUCUGCUCAGUGACACACCUACUGUCAGCUUUAGCAAUCUGUGCCACAUGGCCACUCAAAUAGCCUCUGGAAUGAAGUACCUCUCGUCUCUGAAGUUCGUCCACCGAGAUUUAGCCACACGCAACUGCUUGGUGGGCAAAAACUACACAAUAAAAAUUGCUGACUUUGGCAUGAGCAGGAACUUGUACAGCGGGGACUAUUACCGCAUCCAGGGCCGAGCGGUGCUGCCCAUACGGUGGAUGUCGUGGGAGAGCAUUCUUCUGGGUAAGUUUACCACAGCGAGUGACGUUUGGGCCUUUGGUGUGACACUGUGGGAAAUCCUCAACUUCUGCAAGGAGCAGCCCUACUCUCAGCUCACCGAUGAGCAGGUGAUAGAAAACACGGGGGAGUUUUUCAGGGACCAGAAACGACAGAUCUACCUGCCUCAACCUGUUCUGUGCCCAGACUUGCUUUACCAGAUCAUGCUAAGCUGCUGGAGGAGAAACGCAAAGGAACGGCCCUCCUUCCAGGAAAUACUCGCAGCACUCUUGGAUUUACAGCUUUAA